AUGGAAUUCAUCAAUUGGAAUGGGUUUUGUGGCUACACAGAUGAGUAUGUUACACCAACCAAAAUUGCCCUCUUUUUGGCCCACAUCCAAGAUCGUCCGCUGUGGCUGUCGCUGUUACCGUCCGCCAACUGGAAGUACGGCGUAGCUCCUCGGGCGUCCGCGGAUGCGUCUGUAUUUGCGUCGCAGGCAACCCUCGAAUCAUUGGCUAUCACACGGUCUCUGCUUAUGCAAAAGCGCUGA